UCUAGACAAAAAAAAACAAAGGUCGUUACUUUUUGUUUACAAUGGAGUGCAUGAUUGAUGAACAGACAAUUAAGAAAGGAGCGGCAAAGACUAAGAUGGUCUGGACACUUGGACCAGCGUCUUCAUCUGUUGAGAUGAUAGAGAAGCUUCUAGAAGCUGGUAUGAACAUAGCCCGGUUCGAUUUCUCUGAGGGGUCUCACGCACAACAUCAAGAAACUCUCACUAAUCUCAGAACCGCCAUUAGGAACACUGGCAUUCUCUGCGCCGUCAUGCUCGACUUAAAGGGUCCUGAGAUGAUACGAACUGGAGAAGGAGAGACUGUUAAUCUCCCCAUCCUUACACAGAAAGAUAAAGAUGAUAUUUUUCAAUGGGGAAUUCCGAAUAAGAUCAAUAUCAUUGCUCUGUCCUCUGUUCGCAAAGGGUCUGAUCUAGACCUAGUCAGGGAGUUCCUUCGUCGGUACGCAAAGAACAUCAUGCUUCUGUCAAAGAUUGACAAUGAAGAAGCAGCUGGUAAUGUGGAUGAGAUUAUGGAGAAAACUGAUGCAGUCUUGUUGGCUAGAGGCAGUCCAGGAGUGGAACAGCAGAAGAUGAUCGAGAAGGCUCAUGCACUCGGGAAACCGAUCGUGACAGCCAUUCAAAUUCUUGGUUGCCAGGACGACCUCACCAACGCUGUCCUCGAUUGCACCACCGAUUGCGUCAUGCUCCUUGGCGACGAAGAAGAAGCUCACCCUGACAUAGUCUUGGAUAGAAUUUCAAGCCUCUGCAAAGAGUUGGAGAGUUCGAUCGAUUACAAGGCUGUGCAGCAAAAAAUAAGGAAAGCUCUUCCGAGACCGUUACUCCCCAUGGCCAGGAAAGCCGCUAUUGCCAGUUGGAAGUACACCAAAGCAAAGGCUAUCAUCACCACAUCCAAGGGUGCGGCAAAGCUUGUGGCCAAGUGCAGACCGAGCGUUCCUGUUCUCUUGGUUGUUUCGAGAUCGAUGUUCUCUGAAUAUUCGUCGUCUCAUGUGGCCAGUUAUGGCUUGGUAUCCCGUGGGGUCAUUCCGCUGGUGGGGGCGGGUUAUAAAUCGAUUGGGGACAUGGUUAGUUUCGGUGUCCAAGUCGCAAAGAAAGAGGGAAUCUGUAGUGCUGGAGAUUCGGUGGUGGCACUCCGCAUCCUCGACGGUUUUCCUGCCGUCUAUUCUCUGCUUGUUCAGUAGGCGACUUGCAACUUUCGAAGUGCUCUGUUUUAGACUUUGUCUCUUUUGCACUCUAACUUGAAACUUCUAUUGGUCACUUUAGGUGAAAUGGGUUGUAAAUAUUACAUCGAGGUAAAAGUCUUCUUUUUGAAGACUAUUUAAUGUUU